AUGGCCACCGACAAUGACACCAAGCUCGCUGUAGCAGAGCUCGGCCCAACCCCCGCGCCGGAGGCCAUGAAACUCUGCACCGUCUGCGUAGCCACGGCCACCCACGACGCCAUGUCGCUGCCGUCACAGCAGGGGCAGUGGCUGCGCGCCGCCGUCCUCGGCGCAAGCGAUGGCCUCGUCUCCACCUCAGCGCUCAUGCUCGGCAUCGGCGCGGCGCGACCCGCCGACCCACGGGCGGCGCUCCUGUCGGGCGUGGCGGGCCUCGUCGCCGGCGCCUGCAGCAUGGCCAUCGGCGAGUACGUGUCGGUCCACGCGCAGCUGGACGUGGAGCUGGCCGGGCUCCAGCGGCUCGAGGAGGCGCGCGGGUACCCGGCGGACCGGGCCGGGCUGCCGAACCCGUGCCACGCGUCGGCGGCCUCGGCGCUGUCCUUCGCGGCCGGCGCGGCCAUCCCGCUGCUCGCGGCGUGGUUCGUGACAAGCUACGGGGUGCGGGUCGCCGUGGUCGUCGCGACGGCGACUCUGGCCUUGGCGGCGUUCGGCGCCCUCGGGGCGGUGCAGGGCCGCGCUCCAGGGGGGCGGGCUGGGCUGAGGGCCGCGCUGGGAGGAUUGGUGGCGAUGGCGGUCACCUACGGUCUCAUGAAACUGUUCCGGACUCGUUCAGAUUGAUAUAUGGCUUGAACUUCUUCUUUUUUGGCGGGUGAGGCUUGAACAAACUUGUUAUGGGUGUGUUUCUCUUCUUCUUUUUUGACG